AUGACCAAAGUCUAUUUCCUUCUCGCGCUCGCGCUCCUCCUGUCUGCUGUCAGUGGCGUGCCUUCGUCUCCGUCCGAUGGACAGCUGGCCAAGCUGACGACGCCAACCGACGACCCAGUCGCCCAGUUGCAACAGGACGGCAAACGAAGGCUGCGAGCGACCGGCAAUCCAUUUGCGAAAGCAGGAACAAAAGUGGCAGACGCUGCGGCGGCGGUUUCAAAGAAGGUGGAGGCCGGUGCAAAGAGCGUCGCGGACGAGACCAAAAAACUGGGCCGACGUGCUCGCCGCAGCGAUUUUGGUAAGGCAAUGGUUGGGAAGCAACCGUUCCACAAAAUGAUCAAGAGACGUUUCAAGGACAUGGGGCUGGCGAUCAAGAAAUGGCUCCGAUAUUUGUACAAAAAACUUACCUUUCAGAAGACGAGGUAG